UUCAUUAAGUCUUCUUAUUACUGCGAUCACUUGUAACACUCGUAAAACAUGGCCACGCCACCGCCCGGAGCGAUCUUUGAGGGAGCGCCACCGGUGCCACCACAACCUCCAGGAACGGACAUGACGGGGAUCUGCUUCAGGGACCAACUGUGGCUAAACUCGUACCCGCUCGAUCGCAAUAUGGUCUUUGAUUACUUCGCUUUAUCUCCGUUUUACGAUUGGACUUGCAACAACGAGCAGCUCAGAAUGCGCUCCAUUCACCCACUUGAUAUCACUCAGCUCUCGAAAAUGACAGGCAUGGAAUACAUCCUGAAUGAAGUUAUGGAGCCUCACCUCUUUGUUAUUCGUAAGCAAAAGAGAGAUAGUCCUGAGAAAGUUACACCGAUGCUCACUUAUUAUAUCUUGGAUGGUUCAAUAUAUCAAUCGCCACAGCUUUGCAAUGUCUUUGCAGCUCGGAUUGGACGGGCUCUGUAUUAUAUAGAGAAGGCUUUUACUACUGCUGCCUCAAAGUUGGAGAAGAUUGGAUAUGUUGAUAAUGAUAAUGAUGGUGCGUCUUUGGACUCGAAGGCUGGUAAAGAGAUUAUUGACUUUAAAGAAGUCAAGCGAAUAGAUCAUAUUCUUGCCAACUUGCAGCGAAAGUUACAACCAGCCCCUCCACCUCCACCAUUCCCAGAUGGUUAUGCUCCACCUGCGACAGCAGAAGCUGAGAAUGGCCCUGAAACUCAGCAAAUAGGAGAAGCACAACUUCCUCCUGUUGAUCCCAUCAUUGAUCAAGGUCCAGCUAAAAGAAUGAAAUUUUGAGGUAGAGCAGCCUUGCCUUAAUUACCUGAGGAUUUGGAAGCAUGCAUGAUCAAUCUUACGGUGAGUUAACAUAAUGAGGAAGUUGAACUUAACACUCAGCUAAUCCCCAUUUUUCGUUAAGACAAUUUCACUAAUGUUCUCUCAACAUACUUCAAAAUAUAUCUAUUUACUCGCUACUAGAAUCUAAUCUAUUCCUGCACAUGAAUAUGCUUUCAAAAUAUCACAACUGGUACUUUUCUCAA